AUCCGACAGGACAAUGUGCUCAGUGAAAACACUCUGAGGGCGGGCUGAAUCUGUAGGCUAGUCGUCUCUCUUUCGUUCUCUGCACUCAUUAGUUCUCGUCGCAGAGUUUUGAGAGCUUCAAGUAGAGCGUGACUUGAGACAAAAACAUCACGCGAAGGCAAUACCGAAACUGACAAAAGAUCAUGAUAGAGAGAAAAUACUCGGGUCCAGUUCUCUGGCGAGGAAACGGCACAAUGGAUUAAUGUUUUAAUGUAAUGAAUGUUCACACGUGGAAAUUUAUUAUUGUUUAUUUUGUUAAAUGCAAGUGUUUGCUGAACGGAGCGGGUGAGAGGGGUUGAAUGCAGUCGCGCGAAGCGAACUAUCAACCGUUACAGGUGAGAGUUGUAAAACAGGGUGAUGGGAGUCCAGGACUCCCUAUUGAUGGGAUUACGGCAUGUCAUGAAGCAGUCAGUUAAACUUCUGCUGCUGGUUCUACUGCUUUGGAUGCUGCUCUUCCUUGCUGUCUUUACCCACCUAACUGACUCCCAGGUAAACCAGCCCCAUAGGACAAGUUCCCCUUUCAACUCUGAAUCUCAACACUCAACCUAUGUUCAGCAUAGUGCCCGGUCCAUCAUGGCAUCCCAUAAUUCCAGCUGGGGUCUGUAUGCAGAGAGGAGGGGUCCUUUCCAGCGCAGGCAAGUGUUUAAACCUCCUCGGGCUAGAGAAGAGUUUCAUUUCAGGAAUUCUGACAAACGUCCUAAAAAAGUGACUCCUAACAGUGACUACAGUGAUGACUAUUUUUCCAAUGGCUGGUCGGUGGUUCGUGGUCUGUGGAAGGGACAAGUGUCCUCCAAAAUGCUAAGCCAACGACUACAGCAAGCCAUGAGGGACAAUGCUCAGCCUAAUAAGCACAAUGUUCUCUACAAAGGCCAACAAAAGACAAGCAAGAGUAGACAGGAGAUGCUGUGUCAGAUGAAACAGCAAGCAAAACUCAGGACUCUGGAUGGCUCUGAACAGCCCUUUUCUCACCAAGGUUUUCAACAGCUGGCUCCUCCUAAAUUGCAGCAGACGUACACAACAUGUGCUGUGGUGACUUCAGCAGGGGCAAUGCUUAAAUCAUCACUGGGACCUGAAAUUGAUUCCCAUGAUGCAGUGUUGCGUUUUAAUGCUGCACCCUGCAAGGGCUAUGAAAGAGAUGUGGGCAGCAAGACAACCAUUCGAAUCAUGAACUCUCAGAUUUUAGCAAACCCCAUACACAAAUUCAACAGCAGUUUGAUCUAUAAGAACAUUACCUUGGUAGCCUGGGAUCCGGCUUCUUAUAACAUUGACCUGCAUAAGUGGUACCAGCAACCCGAUUAUGACCUGUUUACUCCAUACAUAAAUCACAGGAAGAAUUUCCCAGAGCAGCCCUUUUAUAUCCUGCAUCCUUCAUUUAUCUGGAAACUCUGGGAUAUUGUGCAAAGCAACACACAGGAGAACAUUCAACCCAACCCUCCUUCUUCAGGAUUUAUAGGUAUAGUCAUGAUGAUGAACUUUUGUGAAGAGGUCCAUGUGUACGAGUACAUUCCUUCUAUGAGACAAUCUAAUCUGUGCCAUUACCAUGAGACGUAUUACGACGCAGCCUGCACAUUUGGGGCAUACCACCCUCUGCUUUACGAGAAAGUGCUUGUCAAGCGAAUGAGUACAGCUUCUGAGGAGGACCUCAAGAAAAAGGGAAAGGUCACACUGCCAGGAUUCAGUAAGAUAAAGUGUCCACUGUGAUUUACAGACUCAAAUGUACAGUCACAUGAAAAGGUGCACGGGUCUUCAAGACUACGAGCCCUUCAAACUUAAACUAACACAGACUUUUAUCAUCUAAUAGGGGGUUAACCCAUAGUUCUUGUAACAAACUAAGACAAGACAUUACAAUGAGGAGGGUAAUUAACAAAUUUCAAAAGUCUGAUCAUCUCAGAUGGUCCUUAUGCUGAAAGACAUUGCAGCCAAAAAUGGCCUAAUGACCUUAAAAUGACCUUAAUUUAGAGAUUGCAUAUUCUGUGUACACAAAACAUGGUUGUGAUGCAGGACAAAACGAGAGUUUCAAAGUAAAUUCUCAUUUUGAAUGUGGUAAGCUACAGUAUGAAAUGAGUCGAAAUGGAAAGAGAUUUCUCUUUUACUGUCUAUCUGUGCUGUUCUCAUAAAAUUUUGUGGCAAUUUGUGAUUAAAUCAUUUGCAGUUUUCAUGGGUUGGAUGACACUUCAAAGCUGUUAAUGUACUAUAAGAGCCAAAAUCAUUAGAUUUUAACUGUAGAGAAUUGAUCAGUGUAAUUUUUAAAGGUGUUUUUAUAAAUAAUUCAUUUCAUAAUAUAAAUCUAUUUGGAUGUGAAGUACUACUGACAAAUCUCUAUGAGAAGCCAGUGUCUUGCUCAGAAAAGUUUAACACUGACUUUUGUGCAUAUUAUUUCUAAUAACCUUUUUAUUUAUUUCUUGCUAUUAGUAAAAAGUUUGAUGUAUUUCAAAAACCUGUAAAAUAUUUUGACAGAACAAUGGUGUUUAAGCUCUACUAAUACUUAACUGCUGUUAUUGUUUGAAGAACUUACAUUUUGAAAGGAGUUUAGUAUUAUUUAUUUCCUACAAUCAAUUUUGUAUUUGCCAUUGUAUAUAAGCUGGUAAUUUGUUUCAUCAUUGUGGAUGUUGGAUCCAGAUUCGUAUAAGGAAUGUUCAUUUUUAUGGACCCAUGGUGUGUAUGAUAAAAAAUCAAAUCCCAUGAAUCAAUGCUAAUUAAAAAGUUGGAAUAGUCAAACCUGUUUGUUCAUAAGGAUGUAAAUAACAGGAUUGAUGACUGUGCUGCUUUUGGCAAGGAGGGACGGCACCACGCUCGCAAUGGGUGUGAUGAUCCCCGGACGUCCAAACGUGGCCAUCAUUGCAACAACCCCAUAAGGCAUCCAGCACAAAAGGUAGCACACCACUGUAGUGAUGACCAUAAAUAAAAUAUGGUACUCUCUCCGUCGUGCUGCUGUUUUCCUGAUCCGCCCUACCUGAGGAAAAACAUGUACACUGAAUUGUAUUUUUUUGUUUGCACCAGCAGAUGAUUCAGAACUGGUCUUCAGUAUACGCAAAUCCCUCAUCAAAGCAUGUCUGAUUCACUAUAGAAAGAACCUACCAUCUGGUUAAGAGGAAGCACUGACUCAUUUAUUGAUAUUUUUAAAGAUGUCCAAAAAAUCACAGCAAUUUUGCAUAUGUGUGAAGUGUAUGUGGAACAAAUAAACUGCAUUCCAAAUAUAUUGCACAGCUUUAAACAAA